AUGGCCAACUAAAGCGAAAUCUAUGGACGAAGUAAACUCAAAGCGUACCAAGAUAAUCUUCUUUAUUACCAGAGUCCCUAACGCUCGAAAGGACGUUAUGUUACGUUAUCAUGCGGCCACACAUUCGGCGAGUGCCAAGGCCCCAUGACGUAACACGAGAAAGUGCGCAACUGGCGCUAUUGCAUAGCUCUAGUCGUGUGCGCAUCGUCGUGUCCGCCUGCAAAAUGUUCCGAACUUCAGUACUUCUAAUACUCCUUAUCGAUUGUUGUCUAUCCGCCCCUGUGGACGGUCCAAUACAGAUCGAGUUGCCGAUCUACGACAACCCACAAGACAGCUCCAACGUUCAGCUUAGCCAACCUCUCGAACCAGAAAACUACCCUGGAGGCGACGCUAUCCGCAACCAGGGUGCAGGAAAUUACAUAUCUAACAAAAUUCAAACUGCCUCUAACUUUAUUGGAGAUACAAUACAAUCAAAGGCAAAUGCUCUCAAUUUUGGCGGACCAUUCGCUCCGCCCCCGCCGACGCUUGAGAGCGCCCUACAAGAAUCAGAAGGAUACGGUAGCAAGACGUUGUCAGUUAAAGAAAAUAUUCAAGGCCUCGUCGCAGGGAUUUUCCAGCCGAAGCCCAUAGUUGAUACUAUAAGCGAAUCUGAAAAGUAUGGUAACACUGGAGACAAGUUUUAUGGAGCGGGACAAGUGUUAGUCGGCGGGGCGCAAGGAGUAUCCAACAUAGUGAAUUCUGUUUUAGAUAUCCCGGGAACCAUCCUAAGGAAGAUCUCAAGAGUGGCCACAGAGAAGCUAAACAAUUUGGGCGGGAAACUCGUUGGGUUAUAAUGAUUUAUAUCAUAUUAAGAGGAAACCGCUAAGUACAAUGUAGAUAUAUUUUGUAUAAUUUAUAAUUAUCUAGAAUAUAGGACAUUUUAUACAAUCAUUGGGAGGGUUAGGUUUUGUACGCUGACAUCUAUGACCAAAUCUAAGGUAGACUCAAGAGAUAUUUUAUUAUUACAGUUUGACGAGUCUUUGUUGAGACAAAUUCAUAGAUAUUUAAUAUCACUAAGAAAAUAUAUGACUGCCUCGGUGGCGUAGUUGUAUUGCACGUCCGGUACAAUAGCGCUCUGAGGUCCUGGGUUCGAAUCCCGGGUCGGGUAAAGUGAUAUUUGGAUUUUUCUGCUCAGUAUCAGCCCGGAGUCUGGAAUUUGUGCCCGAUAUGGCGAUAGGCUCGCCCCCUAUCACAUCAUGGGACGGAACAUACUUGGCGAAAAGUGGGUGCCCUAGUUGCGCCUCUGCAUACCCCUUCGGGGAUAAAAUGCGUGAUGUUAUGUAUGUAUGUAUGUAUGUAUGUAAAAUAUAUUCUUCAUAAUUGCUCCACAUUUCUGAACCAAGCGCACAGUAAAUAGAUUUAAUAAUAAUAAAUCGUUUUUCUUUC